AUGUUUCGUUUUUUAUGCAAAUUCAACUUCAGAUAAAUGGCUAAAUCUUAAGCUGAUUUCUAUCAUGCCAAUGGAUAUCUAGUACUUCCAAAUAUUAUUAGUCAUUAAGAAAUUGAUAAAUUACUUUAAAGAACACAUGAAUUAGUUGAAAAUGCUGAUCUAGUAAAUAAUCAAGUAUAGUUAAAUAACUAUCCUAGAUGUUUUUUGAUACUAAGAAUGCUCCAAGAGGCAUGAGCUUUUUAGAUACUGCAUCUAAAAUAGGGUAUUUAUUAGAAGUUGGCAUGAUUGAUGAAUAAGGAAAGUUAAAGGUAAAAGAUAAAAAGCUUGCUCUAAAUAAAAUUGGACAUGCUAUGCACGAUCUUGAUCCAGUUUUUGAAAGGUUCUCUUAUAAUAACAUUUUCAAAGCUAUACUUUAAGGAGUUGGAUACAUUGACCCAAUACUUGCCUAAACAAUGGUAAUAUUUAAAAAUCAAAAAUUUGGAACUGCUGUAGAUAUGCAUACAGAUAAUACAUAUAUUAUUAGUGAACCUAAACUAUCAUGUAUAGGAUUAUGGAUAGCACUUGAAGAUGCAACAAAAAAUAAUGGAUGUAUGUAUGCAUUUCCUAAAUCCCAUCUAACUCCAACAACCUAUUUCAAUAUCUUAGAUGAAACUAGAAGAAACACAACAAUGAUUGGAUAAAAUCCAGAAUAUCAUAAAAAUUAUGAUCCUGCAAAAGCUGAAUGCUUAGAAGUAACUAAAGGCUCAGUUAUCUUGCUUCAUGGAGAUCUUGUACAUUUUUCUGGACAUAAUCAUUCAACUUAAUCUAGACAUGCUUAUACACUUCAUUUUAUUGAAGGACAUAAUAAUUAUUGGAGUAAAAAAGCAUGGCUUUAGAGAAUUCCUGAAUUACCCUUCUAAUAAUAUUAUAAAAGAGUUUCAGAAAUUGAUACAUUUUGA